AUGCGAGAAGUGAUUGGACGUAUCCCUGGAAAUACGAUUCAAUGUUUUUUGAAGGCCAAGACUACUGGGGAGUGCACUCAGAAUGGGCAAUGUGUAGCCGAGGAAAAUUACAAUCGCCAAUCGACAUCAAUCCAUCACUUCUUCUACACGAUCCCCUCGCUUAAGCCUAUAAACAUCGAUCGGAUAUCGGUGCACUCUGAAAUGGUGAAUACGGGUCAAAUGCCUCGGGUUCGAAUCGGGAACAGUGCCCGCCGCCCUACCGCUAAUCUUACUGGUGGCCCACUCAAUACGUACAGAUACCGAAUACAAAGAAUAGACAUUCACUUUGGUGUCACUGGACAAUCGAAUGGCAGUGAGCAUGCCAUUGAUGGGAGGAAAUUUCCGAUGGAGCUACAAUUGCUUGCAUUCAACGCCGAUCUUUAUGCGAAUUUUUCUCAAGCUUCUCGAUCAACGCAUGGAAUUGCCGCCAUUGCAGUUCUUGUUGAAUUUGGACCUGAAACAAAUGCGGAAUUGCUCAGGCUAACAGUGGCUGCAUUGAGUGUGCAAUUUAAAAAUCAACGGUGGAUUGUUCUCAAUCAGCCCAUUCACAUCACUCACAACGAUUAUGCGGAAUGGUCAAGGUUAUCGCAAAAUUCGCCGAAAGAGGACGCAAUGCCGAUUGCGCCGAAUUUUCGAUCGCUCGUCGCUCCAAAUCAUCGCACUGUGCGCACAAAUAUUGCUCAUAUUUCUGAGGAGGACAAGUUCACUUGUGAUACUUCGCGAAUCACUUAUAAAGUCUUCACAACGCACAAUCAAAAAUUGACC